AUGGAGAUGAAUCGAGAGAAACUGUGUAGCAGUAAGGCUGAUGGGAGCUCAGAUGCUGCUUUUCACUGCUCAGCGUGCCACGACGAUGAGGAGUGGAGCAGCACGAGCAGGGGACGAGCCAAGUCACGCAGUCUGUCUGCUUCACCAGCCCUAGGAAGCACCAAAGAAUUCCGGAGGACACGCUCCUUGCAUGGACCAUGCCCAGUGACCACAUUUGGACCAAAGGCCUGUAUGCUGCAAAAUCCUAAAACGAUUAUGCACAUUCAGGAUCCAGCAAGCCAGCGGUUGACAUGGAACAAACCUCCCAAGAGUGUCCUGGUUAUUAAGAAGAUCCGUGAUGCCAGUCUGCUGCAGCCUUUUAAAGAGCUUUGUGUGUAUCUUACUGAGAACAACAUGAUAGUGUAUGUAGAAAAAAAAGUGUUGGAAGACCCUGCUAUAGCUAAUGAUGAUAAUUUUGGACCAGUGAAGAAAAAAUUUUGCACCUUCAGAGAAGAUUAUGAUGAUAUCUCCAAUCAGAUAGACUUUAUCAUAUGCCUGGGAGGAGAUGGGACCUUACUUUAUGCUUCUUCCCUUUUCCAGGGUAGUGUACCUCCAGUUAUGGCUUUUCAUCUGGGAUCCCUUGGAUUUCUUACUCCAUUUAAUUUUGAGAAUUUUCAGUCCCAAGUCACUCAGGUUAUAGAAGGCAACGCGGCGCUCGUUCUCCGAAGCAGGCUGAAAGUGAAAGUGGUCAAGGAGCACAGGGAGAAGCUGACAGUCCAAAAUGGCAUAGAGGAAAACGGCGUGGUGUCUGCAGCUGUAGAGAAAGAAAUGGGCAAGCAAAUCAUGCAGUAUCAGGUCCUAAAUGAAGUUGUAGUGGAUCGUGGUCCUUCUUCUUACCUUUCCAACGUAGAUGUCUUUCUAGAUGGACACCUGAUAACAACAGUGCAAGGAGAUGGAGUCAUUGUCUCCACACCGACUGGUAGCACCGCGUAUGCAGCUGCAGCAGGAGCUUCUAUGAUUCAUCCCAAUGUUCCUGCAAUAAUGAUCACCCCAAUCUGCCCUCACUCCUUGUCGUUCAGACCUAUUGUUGUUCCUGCUGGGGUGGAACUCAAGAUUAUGCUCUCUCCAGAUGCCAGGAAUACAGCCUGGGUUUCAUUUGAUGGAAGGAAGAGGCAGGAAAUAUGCCAUGGAGACAGUAUUAGCAUCACUACCUCUUGCUACCCCCUUCCUUCCAUCUGUUUCCGAGACCCCGUGAGCGACUGGUUUGAGAGCUUGGCUGAGUGUUUACACUGGAAUGUUCGGAAGAAGCAAAAUAAUUUUGCUGUUGAAGAAGAAGAAUUUUGAGUGUCUACAUCUAACAAGACUCACGGGAAUGGACAGUGGCAGUAUCCCUUCUCUGUGCUUGGAUUUAAGUUUUUG